AUAAAUAAAUAAAAAAAUUGAAAACUUCUGAAACAAAAAGAAAAAAAAAGGAAGUGUUUCAGCAGAGCUACGCCUAGAGCGGCGGAGACAGUGCACGGCAGCCUGAGGCUUCGAGAACCGGUCGGCUGUUAUAGGGAUUUCUGUUUCUCCUCAAUACCAAAACUCUCACCGCUCACUGCAACACAAACGACUAUCAAUUUCCACUGAUUUCUUGAAUUUCACAAUUUCAAGAGUCACACUACACAUCGUUUUUUGUCAACAAUGUUCUCCUUGUUUUCAAUCAGAAGAAGAGGCAUUAUUAUUCGCACCAGGGAUUCUCUACUCUGUUUCCGUUGUCUACUGAAAAAUAUACCAAGUCUCUCAUCUUUGCCUGCAGCAACUUCAUUCUCUAUGAGAAGUUACAGUGCAGUGAGGCCUCUUGUAGAAGCAAAGCACAUAUCAUCUCCAUUGGAAUUUUCAUUAGUGCAGAGAUUAAAUAUGCUUGAUUUUCAUGUUGUUAGAAAUUGGAUACCUGCUAGAUACAUGAGUAAAGAAUCAUUUGAGCUGAAGACAGAAAAUGAUGUCGUUAGAUUUUCUAUGGGUAGGAUAGUCGAUAAUAAUGGUUCCCAAACAAAAGGAAGGGUGAAAACCAAACGGGUCAAAAUGUCCAAAAAGGCCAAGCUGAAUGAACUCAGAUUCUAUCGCCUGAAGGCCAAAAAGAAGAUGACAUCUCCAAAUCCAGAAGUUAGGAUUAGAUAUAAACUUGAGAAGGCCAAACGGAAGGAAGUAUGGUUGAUAGAGAAAUUAAGGAAAUUUGAGGUUCCCAAAGCACCUGCUGAAACAUAUGAUCCUGAAAUCCUAACUGAGGAAGAAAGGCAUUACCUGAAGCGCACUGGUGAAAAAAAGAAGAACUAUGUCCCAGUUGGGAGGCGUGGUGUAUUUGGAGGGGUUGUUCUCAAUAUGCAUCUCCAUUGGAAGAAACAUGAGACUGUAAAGGUAAUUUGCAAGCCAUGCAAGCCUGGACAAAUUCAUGAAUAUGCUGAAGAGCUUACUAGACUGAGCAAAGGCAUUGUGAUUGACAUAAAAGCUGACAAUACUAUUGUUUUCUACCGGGGAAAGAAUUAUGUACAGCCACAAGUAAUGUCACCUCUAGAUACACUGUCUAAAGACAAGGCAUUGGAAAAAUAUAAGUUUGAGCAGUCACUUGAGCACACUAGUCAAUUCAUUGAAAAAUUGGAAAAAGAGCUAGAAGACUAUCAUGACCACCUUGCUCGUUACAAGAAAGCAAAAGAUGGCACCCCAAAAGAUUCUGUGAUUAAUACAUGUUUGGACAAUAACAACAUACACUGCAAAGUAUUACUAAGUUAACCAUGGUUUUCUUGGCUAAACAUUACUUCACGACUGCCAAACAGAGAUGAUAGUACAUUCGGCUGUGCUCCAUGAGCAAGGAGGUCUUGGUAAUAACAUGGAAUCCAAGUUGAUGUUGUUAGCUUUAUCAUGGCCCUCGUAGGGAUUCAUUCAGUUUUUGAUGCAAUUGAUCCCUUGUCUUCUCUUCUACUCCUUUGGAAAUAACGGAAUGGUGGCUACUGCAGAUGCUGGUGGAUUCUCCGGUGGAUUGUUUAAUCAUAAAUAUCUGCAGGGGAACGAGGGAAGCAAUGGGGUCUGACAACUUAAUACCUUGUAUGCAUUUUUACUUAUUUUAAGUAUUACUUUUUUGUCUAUACCAAGAAUAAUU